AUGGCCGCAGUUCGCAGGGGCAAUGGCUUGAUGCCACUUUCAAAGGUCUUCCAGGCCGGUAUGCCAGCAACUGCUGCUACCCGUGCCGUCUCGAGGCACGCCGCCGUCUCGGCUCAGGCAUCUCUUACCGCCAGACGGUCUCUGAGCACGACCAGCAGAAUGUCCAACCUGGCCACCUUCAAGGUCCCCAAGGUGCUCAACGAGCCCAACCACCACUAUGCCAAGGGCUCCGAGCAGCGCAAGGGUCUAUACGCUGCUGUCGACAGUUUGCAGCAGAAGCUUCCCCUCGAGGUUCCCCUGGUUGUGGGCGGCAAGGAGAUCAAGACUUCUCAGACCUCGAAGCAGUUCAACCCCUCCAACCACUCUCAGACCGUUGCUACCUACUCUCUCGCUACACCCGAGCAUGUCAACCAGGCCAUAGAGUCUGCCCUCGCCGCCAGGGAGGCCUGGGCUGCUCUGCCCUUUGCCGACCGCGCUGCCGUCUUCCUCAAGGCCGCCGACCUGAUCUCCGGCAAGUACCGCUACGACAUCAUGGCCGCCACCAUGGUCGGCCAGGGCAAGAACGCAUGGCAGGCCGAGAUCGACGCCGCCGCCGAGCUGUGCGACUUUCUCCGCUUCAACGUCUCCUACGCCGAGGAGCUCUACUCCCAGCAGCCUGUUCACCAUGCCCCGGGCGUCUGGAACCGCGUCGAGUACCGACCUCUCGAGGGUUUCGUCUACGCCGUCUCACCCUUCAACUUUACCGCCAUUGCCGGAAACUUGCCCGGUGCCCCCGCCCUCCUUGGUAACGUUGUGGUUUGGAAGCCCUCUGACUCGGCCAUUGCCUCCAACUGGCUGCUGUACCAGAUCCUGAUCGAGGCCGGUCUGCCGAAGGAUGUUAUUCAGUUCGUCCCCGGCCCGCCCGAGGAGAUUACCCAGGCCGUCCUGGCUCACAAGGAGUUUGCUGCUCUGCACUACACUGGUAGCACUUCCGUCUUCCGCAAGCUGUACGGCGCCAUUGGCCAGGGAACUGCCGAGGGCCGCUACCGUGGCUACCCACGCAUCGUGGGUGAGACUGGUGGCAAGAACUUCCACCUGGUCCACCCCAGUGCCGAUAUUGAGAACGCCGCCAUCCAGACCGUCCGCGGUGCCUUUGAGUACCAAGGCCAAAAGUGCAGCGCCACCAGCCGUCUCUACGUGCCCAAGUCCGUCUGGCCUCAGUUCAAGGAGAAGAUGGUCUCCGAGAUUGAGGCCCUCAAGAUUGGCCAGCCCUUUGAGGCGCAGAACUUUAUCGGCCCCGUCAUCCACAAGCCCAGCUUUGACAAGCUGUCGGGCGUCAUUGACGCCGCCAAGAACGACUCUGAGCUGACCCUCCUCGCCGGCGGCAAGUACGACGGCAGCAAGGGCUACUACAUCCACCCGACCGUCUACGAGGCCAAGACGCCCAACCACAAGCUCUUUUCCACCGAGCUCUUUGGCCCCGUGCUCGUGGCCCACGUCUACGACGACGUCUCGGUCGACGCCGCCACCGCCUUUGCCGACAUUUGCAAGGUCGUCGACUCGACGGGCGAGUACGGCCUGACGGGCGCCAUCUUCGCCGCGGACCGCCACGCCGUCGUCUACGCCGAGAACGCCCUGCGCAACAGCGCCGGCAACUUUUACAUCAACUGCAAGAGCACCGGCGCCGUCGUCGGCCAGCAGCCCUUUGGCGGCGCCCGCGCCAGCGGCACCAACGACAAGGCUGGCAGCUUGAACUUUUUGACCCGCUUUGUCAGUGCCCGCAGCAUCAAGGAGGAGUUCUCGCCUACUCGCAAGGUCGAGUAUCCCAGCAAUGAGAUUUAA